ACAGCCACACGAAAAAAACGAGAAAAAAGAAGCCAAAGCCUCCCAGACCGCCACUUUCACAUCCCAAGAAAACAAACACCUUCCUCCACACACACAGACACAGAGACGGACCAGUGAGCCAGUCACUCGCUGCUCAUGGCUUCUUCUCUGCUAAUCUCUCACUCCAACUUCCUCUCUUUCUCUCAAUCCCCUACUCUCUUCCCUUUCCACCUCAAAACUACCGCUAUAAAACAACGACAGCGACAACAUUACUCUCCUCCUUCUCGUCACCUCAACAUCGUCUCUUCUUCUGCCGCUUCAGCUUCUCUUGAAGCUCUAAUAUUUGACUGCGAUGGAGUUAUUUUAGAAUCUGAACACCUCCAUCGCCAAGCUUAUAAUGACGCUUUUGCUCACUUCAAUGUUAUCUGCUCUUCUUCUCUCCCUCUCAAUUGGUCUCCCGAUUUCUAUGAUGUGCUCCAGAAUCGUAUCGGUGGUGGCAAACCUAAGAUGCGAUGGUAUUUUAAGGAGCAUGGAUGGCCGUCUUCCAACCUAUUUGAGAAGCCACCGGAGGAUGAUGAGAGCCGUGCUAAGCUGAUUGAUACUCUUCAGGAUUGGAAAACUGAAAGGUACAAAGAAAUAAUCAAAUCUGGAACUGUGGAGCCCAGGCCUGGGGUUUUGAGGUUGAUGGAUGAGGCUAAGGCUGCUGGAAAAAAGCUGGCUGUUUGCUCUGCAGCAACUAAAAGUUCAGUUAUACUCUGUCUUGAGAACCUUAUAGGAAUGGAGCGGUUUCAAGGCCUUGAUUGCUUUCUUGCAGGUGAUGAUGUCAAGGAAAAGAAGCCAGAUCCAUCAAUUUAUGUGACAGCUUCCAAGAUGCUUGGUGUGUCGGAGAGGGAUUGUUUGGUGGUGGAGGAUAGUGUCAUUGGUCUACAGGCGGCAACAACAGCUGGAAUGUCAUGUGUUAUCACUUACACCCCUUCAACAGCUGAUCAGGAUUUCAAAGAUGCUAUAGCAAUUUACCCUGAUUUGAGUAAUGUGAGUAUUUGGUUCUCAUCAACUGUGCAGAUUAAAAGACUUAGAGUUGUUGCUUCAAAAUGUUGUUGCUGCCAGCUAGCUAGGAAAUUCAGCAUUUUGCUUGAUUGAAAUAUUCAGAACCCGUAGAGUUUACACAAAGCGUUGGCUGUAUACCGCAAAUCACUAUUCAAAAGGUUCCUAUCAACCAUUGUAUUGUAUUUUCGUUCAGAUCAUCCCUUUGGUCUAUUCCAAAACAGUGUAUGAUGGUAGGAAAUAAUCGUAACAUCAACAAAUAGUCGAGUAUUUAAGUAUUCAUUCACAUCAAUUAUAAAGAUGAAAGGAAAUUUGAUUGCAA